AUGGCGAUCGUUUCGUGCCACCCUGCGUGGGCGCGGCGUCGGUCUGACCUCCACAGCGGUGCUCAGCGGCGCUACGGCGCCCCGCCCGCCGCCCGCUUCCCCCGCGGCCCGUCCGUUGCCGCGGCGCCCUGCGACGCCUGUUGCCGCGGCAACGGGCCCGCCUCCAGCUCUUCCCCGGCCUCCGGGCGCCCCCCCGUGGGGGGGGUGAACGGCCCGUUCCCCUCCACCGUCGGCCCGGAGAAGACCCCGCCCCCCACAGGCCACGCCCCCCUCACAGGCCACGCCCCUUCCAUAGGCCACGCCCCUCCCACAGGCCACGCCCCUUCCAUAGGCCACGCCCCCCAGCCGCCCGCCCCGGGACGCUUCUGGCCGGAGGAACUUCCCAGAGAUCCGUCGUCCUGCAGCUCUGCCUGCGACGCCUUCAUGGACUGGAUCAACGAGAUGUAG